AUGUCGGCCCCUACACCCUCGCAGAAGCCUAGUGUGCGACCCUUCGUCCUUAGCAAGCAGCAAGUUGACGCGCUUCCCUUCGAGAAUUUCGCAGGAGACCGAAAGAAGGCCACGGGCGGAUGGCGAAACAUCUUCUCCAGUCCACAAUCUCCUACCGACAGUCUUACGCUAGGCCUUGCUACGUUUCCACCACGUAGCGCGGAGGAAGAGUCUUUUGAAGCUCUGCAUAGACACAAGCAAGCCGAGUUCUAUUACAUUCUUUCUGGUCAUGCAAUCGUGAAGAUCGAGGGCGUGGACCAUGAGGUGACUAAUGGACACGCAUUGUUCAUCCCAGGCGAUGCUGAGCAUGGCUUCUGGAACACAAGUAGCGAGGAGGAGUUGGUGUUCCUUUGGGGCUUCGGUAUUGACGGGUUUGGGGAGGUUGUAUACCGUUUUUCUCACGAGUGA